GACUGCGCACUGUGUGGGUUGGCUUGGAGUGGUGACAAGGGUUGGAAGGACAAAACAGAUAAGUUUUAUGGUCCGGAUGAUUGCUUCCAUAUAGACUGCUUUGGAAAGGAGCAGGAGGACUUCAGCACGGCGCAUGGUGAUUUAUUUAUUUAUUUGAUUAAAAUCAGAAUGGAGCCAAAUGGAACAGCGGGGAAACACGGUUUGGAGGGAGAUGCCGACCUCAUGUUCUUGCUGGCCGGCGGUAUGCUGGUCAAGGUUCGAUCCAGCUCCUGGCAGAGGAGCCGCUUCUACAAACUGCAGGAGGACUGCAAGACCUUGUGGCACGAGUCGAAGAAAACAUUCAAUCGAAAACAAACCUUCUCCAUCGAUGACAUAGAAUCGGUGCGCAAGGGCCGUCAGUCCGAGGGCCUUCAAAAGCACACGGACCCCAGUGUCGAAGAAAAGUGCUUCUCCAUCAUCUUCAAGGACCGCAAGAAGAACCUUGACCUGAUGGCGGGCUCCGUGGAGGAGGCGAACCAGUGGGUCCUUAGCCUGGAGAAGAUCAUCAGCAACAUGAGCAACCUCAACCGUAAGCAGAAGAGCGAACAUUGGCUCAUCAACUGCAUGCGGAAAGCGGACAAGAACAAUGACGACAAGAUGACCCUGAAGGAGCUGAAGCACUUCCUGCGACAGAUCAACGUUGAGGUCGACGACACCUACGCGGAGGAACUUUUCAAGAAAUGCGACACGUCCAAUUCAGGUUCCCUGGAGGACGCGGAGAUCACGCACUUCUACGAGCUGCUGACGCACCGCGAGGAGAUCGACGAGAUCUAUGGGAAUUACGCUCAAACAGGCGGUCAGAUGAGCGCCCAAGACCUGCUGACGUUCCUGCUGAAUGAGCAGAGGGAGCAGGCGACUAUGGAGGACGCUCACAGGCUAAUUGAGAAGUACGAGGUGGACGAAGCAGCAAAACAGAAGAAGCACAUGACCAAAGACGGCUUCUUGAUGUACCUUAAUCACGACGAGGGAUCCAUUUUCAACCCAGCCCACGCAAAUGUGUAUCAGGACAUGAGCCAGCCCCUCAACCAUUACUACAUCUCCUCCUCUCACAACACGUACCUGAUGGAGGACCAGCUGAAAGGACCAAGCAGCACAGAAGCCUACAUAAAAGCACUGUUGAAGAGUUGCCGCUGCGUGGAGCUCGACUGCUGGGACGGCCCUAACGGAGAGCCUGUUAUUUAUCAUGGCUACACACUCACAUCCAAAGUUCUCUUCAGAGACGUCAUCAAAGCCAUCAAAGACUACGCCUUCAAAAAAUCUGACUACCCGGUGAUUCUGUCCCUGGAGAACCACUGCACAGUGGAACAACAGAAGCUCAUGGCGCAUCACUUGAUCUCCAUCCUGGGUGAAGCUCUGGUCACAAAGCCUCUGGGAAACACCAUGCCCACCAACUUCCCCUCACCUGAGGAGCUGAAGGGUAAGUUCCUCAUCAAGGGAAAACGCCUCAACAAACUGGAUGCAGCAAUUACCAACAACAACACCUUAGAGGAAGGUACCGUGUCCGAGGAAGAUGAGGCUGCCGACUGUAAGGAGAAUGGCCAAAAAGCAAAAUCAAAGAAGUCAAAGAUCAAACUUGCCAAGCAGCUCUCGGACAUCGUCGUCUACUGUAAGAGCGUCCAUUUUAACAGCUUUGAGCACGCCAAAGAUAACCAGGCCUUCUAUGAAAUGUCGUCUUUCAAGGAGAGCAAAGCCUUCAACUUGGCAGACAGUUCAGGUACUGCUUUCAUCCACCACAACAUGGACAAACUCAGCAGGAUCUACCCCGCCGGCUCCAGAACUGACUCCUCCAACUAUAACCCUGUGCCCAUGUGGAACGCUGGCUGCCAGAUCGUGGCUCUGAACUUCCAGACUCCAUCCAAGGAGAUGCACCUGAACCAGGGACGCUUUCGGCAGAAUGGUUUUUGCGGCUAUGUCCUGAAACCAGAGUUUCAGAGAAGCCUGUCCUCUCAGUUUGAUCCCAACACACUCACCAAUGGGCCCUGGCUAAAACGGAAGAGAUUUCAUGUCAUGGUGAUCUCAGCCCAGCAGUUACCCAAAAUCAACAAGGACAAACACAAAUCCAUCGUUGACCCUCUGGUUAAAGUGGAGAUCUACGGCGUGCCUGCAGACAACGCCAGCAAGGUGACGCCCCACCUCACAAACAACGGCUUCAACCCACAGUGGAAUCUGAGCUUCCAGUUUGACAUCCAAGUCCCAGAGCUGGCCAUGGUGCGAUUUGUGGUGGAGGACUACGACACGGGGAACUGGAACGAUUACGUCGGGCAGUACUGUCUACCCCUCACAAGUGUACAGAACGGAUAUCGCCACGUCCCACUGCUCACCAAGCACGGUGACGUCAUCUGCUCUGCCGGACUCUUUGUGCAUCUCAUGCUCCUGGAUGCCUAGUAGGCCCGUAUGCGGAAAACUUCCAUGCCAGCAACAGCAAAAAAAACAAAAUAUAUAUAUAUAUUAUUAUUAUUUUUUAACUAUGCAAUUUUGCCAAGUUUUAAAACAAAAUAACACGAAAGCCUCGCCGCAGAGAAAAAAACGUGAAGAGGCGGCCGACUGACAGUGUGUAACAUAAUGUUAGCUUUUUAAACGCCUGCUUUGGUUGAGAGCUUUUUGUUUAUUGUGGCGUGGCAAGAAUGAAUGACGAGAGCAGUGAAUGAGAAGAGCAGGGAACUAUUUAAAGAAAGUCAUGAAACUGUAUUUGCCAUAUCGGUGGGAGGUAUAAUACUGAGUUUUGUUCGAGUUCCACCUUAAUAUAUACCCGCUGUACAGUCUCCGAGGAAACGCAACAAGCACUUUUCCUACUUUGUCCGAUCAGAACAAAGCUCGAUAUGUUUCUUUUAUGUUUUAAUGCCAUAAUGAACUGGAAGCUAGAAAAGGUAAAUGUGUCGUGAGAGCCAAGUGUUUACUGAGCGCGUUGUUCCAUUGCUUUUGUCUUUAGCAGGUGACUGCUCCACAAUGUUGUACAUAUGAUUUUAAUUUCUUUUAAAACGGACUAAAAAGGAUUUAUUUACUGUAUAUGAAUCUGAUUGCAAGACUUAAUUCACUUAAAGAAAUCUGUGACAAACUCGUGACCCUAUGCCUUGUGUAUGUAACUUGAAAUAAAAUAAAUAAAACAGACCCUCAGUUAAA